CUGGCAAGCCAUCAAACGUCCGGAACCGAAGAGUUGUGUCUUGAUCAUGUCCUCGACCACUACUGGCAAGCACGCCUUGCCAACACCAAGUACGGCAUGGCUACUAUUUCACUCCAUCGCCAAGCACCCAAGAGCCUGGUUGGUCUCUUGGCAGCUAUUGAGUCCACUGACGUAUUGUAGGAUAUCGCUGGGCGAGAAGAUGAAAAUCCAUUGGGGACGUCCAUCUAUAAGAAAGGCACAUGCCUGUCACUUUUGGACUUUUAGAACACUAUCAAAUUACCCCUCAGAUCAACCGUGGUUCGGUCAAUGAUAGACUACCACUUAUCUGUCAUCUCCAGUAUUUUACCACAUCUAAUAUCGAAAUUAUUUUAUUCUCAAAUUCCACAAGAUACACACACUUACUUCCGAGAUGAGCUCCUCCAAGGACUCUGAAACUCGCUCCUGUUAUGAGAAGCAUCCAUUCAAACUAUCUGUUGACCAGAUAACUUCACAGUUUGGGCUAAACACCGACACUGGCUUAAACUCAUCCCAAGUCAACGAUAAUCGGUCCAAGUUCGGGGAGAACAAACUUGACGGGCAAGGGGGCGUCAGAUGGUAUACAGUUCUACUAAAACAAUGUGCAAAUGCAAUGGUUUUGGUGCUUAUUUUCGCCAUGGCUUUGUCCUAUGGUGUCCAGGACUGGGUCGAAGGCGGUGUCAUCACAGCAGUCAUUAUCAUCAAUGUAGUCAUCGGCUUCGUUCAGGAGUUCAGAGCAGAGCAGCAGAUGGAUUCCCUUCGAGCUCUCUCGUCUCCAACAGCAAUGGUUCUGAGGGAUGGUAAGGUCGAUGCUAUCGCAUCUGCAGAAGUUGUACCUGGUGAUGUCAUACAGCUUAAGACUGGUGAUACCGUCCCAGCUGAUCUUCGCCUGUUUGAAGUCAUGAACUUGGAAUGCGACGAGAAGAUUCUUACAGGAGAGGCUAUUCCAGUCUCGAAGGAUGCGGACAAGGACUUUGAUGGUGAAGAUGAGCUUCAGGUCGGCGUCGGUGAUCGUGUAAACAUGGCUUACUCUUCAUCAACUGUCACUAAAGGACGUGCUCGUGGUAUUGUCGUCUUCACUGGAAUGACCACUGAGAUCGGCUUAAUUGCGGCAUCGAUGCAAGGCAAGAAGAGGAAGCCAAAUCGAUCCAUGUCACGCAAGAAGCAUGGAAGUCUCCAGCCAGCUAAAGGUGCUGUUCUCCGAACAUGGGAUGGCAUUGGAGCAUUCCUUGGUCUUACCGUAGGCACUCCGCUUCAGCGGAAACUUUCGAAGCUUGCAUACUUAUUAUUCGGUUGUGCAUUAAUACUUGCUAUUGUUGUCUUUGGUGCGAAUCGUUUCGACGUCACCAAUGAGGUAGCGAUCUACGCCAUAUCGACCGGCAUUGCUAUUAUUCCAGAAUCACUGAUUGCUGUUUUGACCAUCACUUUCGUCACAGGCAUGUCAGUCAUGCGACGUAAAAAGGUCUUGACCCGGAAGCUCAGUGCUCUUGAAGCCCUCGGUGGUAUCACGAACAUCUGCAGUGACAAGACCGGCACGCUCACACAAGGGCAAAUGGUGACACGCAAAGCAUGGGUUCCUGGCGUAGGCAUUUACACCGUCAGCAAUUCUGAAGAUGCAGCCGAUCCAACGAACGGCAAUAUAAGCUUGGGCCCAGUCAAGACGAAAGCUGAAUUUGAGGCGGAGCGACACGAGCGAGAGGAGCGAUUCGACCGCCAGCGAAGUAUUGUCAACGUCAAGUUUCAAGAGCCUUCAGAAAAGACCGAUCGAGACCAGCGGCGGCCUGCAAGACAGACUACAACUAACAGUGAAGACGAUUUGUUGACCGAGAAUCCUGGAAUGGUACCUGGGCUUGAGGCCUUUCUGCAAUCAGCCGCUCUGUGCAACUUGGCAACUGUCCGUCUUAAUGAUGACGAGGAUAAAUGGCAGACUACUGGUGACCCAACGGAAGUUGCUCUCCAGGUCUUUGCUCACCGUUUUGACCAAGGUAAAUCCCAUCUAGAGAAAGGCAACGGAUGGAAACAACUCGCCGAAUAUCCAUUCGACAGCAAUGUUAAGAGGAUGUCAGUCGCAUAUCAGCGCCCCCAGAGUAAAGAGACAAUAAUCUUUUCGAAAGGUGCCGUCGAGCGCAUCAUUGAUCUCUGUACCAAGGUUGGUGUGGAUGGGCAAGAAAACGACUUGACCAAGGACAUCAAGGAAUCCGUCCUCGAGCAAAUGGGCCUCCUAGCCGAUCAAGGUCUGCGAGUUCUGGCAAUCGCUCGCAAAACGUGGACAGGCAAUGAAAUCACCGCAAAGUCUGACACAUCGCGCAAUGAGAUUGAAAAAGACCUCACAUUGCUGGGUCUUGCUGGUCUGUAUGAUCCUCCACGCAAUGAGACCAAGGACGCUGUCAAAGAUUGUACUUCUGCUGGUAUUCGUGUCCACAUGCUUACAGGUGAUCAUCCUGGUACUGCUGCUGCGAUCGCCAAAGAAGUCGGCAUUAUCCCAAAGGAUACUUCGGUUCUACCAAAGGACGUUUCUGACGCGCUCGUAAAGACUGCUGCUCAAUUCGAUGGAAUGAGCGACGACGAAAUCGAUAGACUUCCCGAGCUCCCUCUCGUUAUCGCCCGCUGCGCUCCCCAUACCAAGACACGUAUGAUUGCUGCCCUCCAUCGUCGUGGUCGCUACGCUGCUAUGACAGGAGACGGUGUCAAUGAUGGACCAUCCCUACAAGCUGCCGAUGUCGGUAUCGCAAUGGGCUUGGCUGGCUCAGACGUCGCGAAAGGAGCAUCAGACAUCGUGCUAACCGAUGAUAACUUCGCAAGUAUCGUUAGCGCUAUCGAAGAAGGUCGCCGUAUGUUCGACAAUAUCCAACGCUUCGUCCUCCACCUCGUCACUUCUAACGUCGGAGAAGUCGUCCUCCUUAUCUGUGGUCUUGGCUUUCAAGAUUCGAAUGGUUUCUCCGUCUUCCCUCUCUCGCCCCUCCAGAUCCUCUGGAUCAACAUGGUUACAUCCGGCUUCCCCGCCUUUGGCUUAGGCAAAGAAAAGGCAUCAUACAAUAUCAUGACCCGCCCGCCACACGACCUGCGUAAGGGUGUCUUCACCUGGCAAAUCAUCGCCGACAUGCUCGUCUAUGGCACGCUCAUGGGCACCCUCACGCUUAUGACCUUCGUCAUCAUUGUCUACGGCGUCGGUGACGGCAAUCUGGGCAUGGACUGUAACAAGUCCUACAACGACAGCUGCGACCUUGUCUUCCGCGCCCGCGCCGCCGUCUUCGCCGAACUGACCUGGCUGAUCCUGAUUAGCGCAUGGGAGAUCAAGAGUCUGCGCCGUUCCAUGUUCCGCCUUGACCCCUCCUCCGAGUCCAAGUUCCCGUUCUUCAAGGACAUGUGGGAGAACCGCUUUUUGUUUUGGUCAGUCGUUGUCGGUGCUUGUGUCGUUUUCCCCUGCAUCUACAUUCCCGGCUUCAACACAGUCGUGUUCAAGCACAAGGGCAUCAGCUGGGAAUGGGCGCUGGCAAUUGGUGCCGUUUUCGUUUUCGUGCUGGGCAUGGAGAUGUGGAAAGGCAUCAAGCGCAUGACGGGUUGGUUCCGUGCGACAGACGACGAGGACUCUGCUGCGGCAAGUAAGACGCUGCGCAGGGGUGGACCGCUUGGCUUGAGGCAGGGCUUCUUCUCAUUUGCUCGCACGUUGAGUGUGGGUACCACGAGGAGCUUGCAAAAGCCGGAUAGUGAGAGUGGCGUCGAGUCGACAUUGGAUCGGAGAAGUACAGGGCAAUUGUCGAAAGUUUUGGAGGCGGAGCAGAAUGAGAAGGUCUAGAGAGAGCUCGAGACAUGGGUGUUUUUGGGAGUUGUUUGAACAUAGAAGCGAUGUUGAUGUGCUCUUGCUUUUUAGCGAUGAUACCUUUGAGUGGUUUUACUUCAUAAC